AAACCCACAAUGUGUAUAUAUAUUAACAUCUUCACUCUCUACCCCUUUUGAGUCCUUACCUCCAUUAACUCUCACCAAUGCACAAUGCAUCUAGCAUCUCUAUCGUAUCGAAUGAGUUUCUUCCUGAUGAAAAGUUCGACGAUGAUGGUCGAAUUAAACGGACAGGAACAUGGCAGAGUGCGACUGCCCAUAUAAUAACAACCAUAGUUGGGUCAGGGGUGCUAUCACUCUCUUGGUGUUUUGCCCAGUUGGGUUGGAUAGCUGGGAUCAUCACUCUCAUACUCUUCGGCAUCAUCAUGUUAUUCACUUCAUUUCUUUUAGUGGAUUGUUACCGAUCACCAGAUCCUGUUAAUGGAACCAGAAACUACACAUACAUGAACGCCGUUAAAGCCAACCUUGGAAUGCUUCAAUACAAGAUUUGUGGGAUUGCUCAGUAUGGUGUUCUUAUCGGAGUCACCAUAGCCUACACGACCACUACGGCUAUCAGCAUGGCGGCAAUAAAAAAAUCAAAUUGUUUCCAUAAGCAUGGCCACCAAGCGGACUGCCACGUUGGCAACAAUCCGUUCAUGGUGACUUUUGCAAUUAUUCAGAUCAUUUUAAGCCAAGUGCCCAACUUCCAAAAACUGGCGCCGGUGUCCAUCAUCGCUGCUAUCAUGUCCUUUAUAUAUUGCACCAUUGGCAUUGGUCUUUCCAUUAGUAAAAUUAUUAGAGAAGGGAUGGCGCAGACAAGUUUGACCGGAAUACCUGUUGGCAAAGACAUCACCGGCGAGGAAAAAAUGUGGAAAAUGUUUUUGGCUCUUGGCGAUGUUGCUGUUGCUUUCUCCUUCAGUUUUGUCCUCCUCGAGAUUCAGGAUACAUUGAAAUCAAGUCCCCCGGAGAACAAAUCUAUGAAGAAGGCAACUUCAGUCGGAAUCUUGGCAUCCACCAUAUUUUACAUGAUGUGUGGUGCACUCGGAUAUGCGGCAUUCGGAAAUAAUGCACCUGGAAAUUUCUUAACUGGAUUUGGCUUUUUCGAUCCCUUUUGGCUUGUCGACCUAGCUAAUUUAUGCCUCGUUAUUCAUCUUAUAGGUGCUUAUCAGGUCUUAGCACAACCAAUUUUCAGGCUUCUGGAAGAUUGGAGCAGAAAAAGAUGGCCACAAAGUGCUCUCAUAACGAAGUACUACACUUUGGGGAAUGUGAAGAUUAAUUUAUUCAGAUUAAUUUUGAGAUCUACUUACGUUACAGUGAUGACAACAAUAGCCAUGAUAUUCCCUUUCUUCAAUGAGUUCAUGGGUUUGCUUGGUGCAUGCACAUUCUGGCCGCUAUCUGUUUAUUUCCCCAUAGAGAUGUACAUUUCGCAAACAAAGAUUCGCAAGUUAUCCUUCACUUGGAUCUUCAUGCAGCUAUUGAGUCUAGGGUGCUUGAUGGUAUCGCUCUUAGCUGGGGCUGGAUCAACUCGAGGGCUCAUUGCUUCUCUUAAAAUCUUUAAGCCGCUUGGGUCUGUGUCAUAG